AUGUCCUCGAUGGAAGGUUUAUCAGAGUACGACGCCGAUAUACUUUGGUCUGCUUGUGGUCUGCCCGAAUCCGUAAACGUCACCGACCGAGCUAUUCAGCCAGCGGAAAAUGGCGAAGGCCCAGUCGUCUCAGCAGCCGGCCUUGCGAGCUCGUCAUUCCUUGAGGCCCGCUUGACAAGACCAAAUCCACAAUCACAAGCAAAGCGAUCGGAGUGGCUCGUCAACCAAGUCCGUGGUGAAAACUACAAUGGCGAAUGGAUCACUCCGAUCCUCCGCGCCAUCGAAAUGCAUCGGUCGGAGAACAUACGACUCCUGCUACGACACGGCGCGCAUGUCAACGGAAUCGAUACGGAGUCCUUGAAAGAGCACGCUCGACGCUAUCGCCGAGUCUGUAUCAACAUCGAGCACACUGAUCUAUGUAACCACUUCACGCCAGUAGACAAAGAAGAUGUCGGCACUGUGCCUUCUCAGACAGACCCUCCAUAUCUGACUUCUGCUGAACUUGCGAGACGGCGGCAGUUCAGAUCACGCUUCUGGGCGGAACCCCACAGCACAUACCUCAGUUACUCGCACUUUGGAGCGGUCAUGCACUCGGUCACCAUGGCUACGAGGACGACGCCUGCGAUCCUCGAUCAAGUUUUGGAAGCUGGAGCGGACUGUACUUUCUGGAAGGAGGGACGUAUGGCGACUUCGCUUCCUGAGGAGAGUACUUUAUCGCCUCCUCAGCUAAGCACGGCGACACCACUUCACACAGCCAUUGCGGCGGGAAAGAUGGACAUUGUCCGCGCCUUGCUGGACCGCGGGUUCGAUGUCAACGCGAGGGCAAUCGUGAUAGGAUCUCACGCUCUGACACCGAUCCAAUGUGCGGUCUUGCUAGGAAUCCCAGAGGCUUGUGCACUUUUGAAGUCCCAUCCAGGCACUGACCUGUCAGUCACCACUCCUAUCCUUGGUAUCCAUACACUGCACUUUGCAGCAGCUCGGUACCGGCUCGAUCUACUACAAUCCUUCGGCAUUCCUAUGUCAAUGGUGCCUACGACCGCCAUAUGA